AUGGAUGAAACCAUGGCUACAGAAAAAAAGACCGAAAAAGAAACCACACAGUUAAAGGACACUAUAUCUGCACCGGAACGACUCUCUCUGACUUUGCGUUAUUUAGUCACAGGUGAAACUCAUCGCUCUCUAAGAUUCCAAUAUAGGAUAAGCCAUAGUUUGAUCACCUACAUAAUACCAGAAGUUUGCAGUGCAAUAUAUUCCGUCUUAAAGGAUAUGUAUCUGAAACUUCCAUCAACAUCAGAGGAAUGGAAGCAAGUGGCAAGCGACUUUUAUAACAGCUGGAAUUUUCCAAUGUGUAUUGGAGCUAUGGAUGGAAAACGCUUUCUUAUGAGGAAACCAGAAAAUACAGGAUCAGAGUAUUAUGAUUACAAGAGUCGCCAUAGUAUGAUCAUGUUAGCUCUUGUUGAUGCACAUUAUAAAUUCAUGUAUGUUGAUGUAGGAGCUCAGGAACGCUCAAGUGAUGCAGGUGUUUGGGACCGUUGUAAAUUAAGAGAAUACCUAGAAAAAGAAAAGCUACAAGUUCCACCACCUGAUACUUUGCCAUUUUCAGAUCAGAAAGUUCCAUACGUAAUUGUUGGAGAUGAUGCAUUCCCCCUCAAAAAUUAUCUGAUGAAACCUUAUCCUGGCCAGAACUUAAGUGUUGAACAAAGGAUAUACAAUUACAGACUAUCAAGAGCUCGUCGUAUUUCUGAAUAUGCUUUUGGUAUCCUUGUUGCCAAAUUUAGAGUGUUUGAAAAACCUAUUCACUCAAGUCCGGCAAACACUAGGAAAAUCAUAUUUGCAACAGUUGUUCUCCAUAAUUUCUUGAGAAAUAAUUCAAGGCAGCUGGAAAAUGAAAAUAUUGGUAAUGGUUUAGAAAACCAUGGACUUCAAAGCCUGGAUAAUGUUGGAAGAAGACCUGCUAAGAAUGCCUUGGCAACAAGAGAUAUUUUUAAGGACUACUUCAAUGGUAGAGGUCGUGUGAGAUGGCAAGAAGAUGCAGCACUCUUGAAUUAA